AACCUAUUGGAAGUCCAGAAAAACCCACGGAAAUGAGAAAACAGGUUAAAGGAAGGAACGAAAAGGGAAUAAGGGAAAGUGUAGUAAAUACAAAAGCUUGAGACAAUUACGACAAAGUGGAAGUAGGAAUCGCAAACGAGACAAGUAGUGGGGAUACGAUGUAGCGAAUGUUGAACAGAGAUACUCAUGUAAUUUUUGUGCAUGCGACAAGAAUGGACAAUGCGCGUGGAAAGGGAAGGCAUGAGAGUGAGGGUAGAGGGAGUUAGCAAGCGUGCGCGUGAAAGAGUGGGGGAAGUAGAAAGAGAUGGAGAAUGCGAUAUACUCUACUAUGUUGGUUUGAGAGAGACAGAUUGAUUUUGGUCGCCGGGUAUCGAUCGUCGCGUUGAAAACUACCCCUCGAGUUGGAGGCGCAGUGUGCAAAACCGACUACGUACGAGUCGGUGGUGCUCGUGGUGAUCGCGGUCCACGCGGAUCUCUACGCUUUAGGCUCCUAGAGUUUUCACUUGCGUGUUCAUCGCGAUUUCCUCAGUUGUGGACUAUCCACGGCACAGAUCAUCAACGGUUUGAAAAGUGCCGCAAGGACGUGUAUAAGGCUUUCUGCUUAUUUCUGUCUAGAGAGAGAAUAGAAGUAUCAUCAACACCACCAUGGCGUUCGCAGGGUUAAAAAAACAGAUUAACAAAGCAAAUCAGUAUAUGACAGAGAAGAUGGGCGGAGCGGAAGGAACCAAGCUCGACGUUGACUUCAUGGAUAUGGAGAGGAAAACGGAUGUCACGUAUGAGCUGGUGGAGGAGUUACAAAUGAAAACGAAAGAGUUCCUUCAGCCAAAUCCAACUGCAAGAGCGAAGAUGGCCGCGGUCAAGGGCAUCAGUAAGCUCAGCGGUCAGGCAAAAGCCUCGACUUACCCCCAACCAGAAGGUGUUCUCGGCGAUUGCAUGCUUAUUUAUGGAAAGAAAUUGGGAGAGGAUAGUAUUUUCGCUCAGGCUCUGGUUGAAAUGGGCGAGGCGAUGAAGCAGAUGGCGGACGUGAAAUAUUCUCUGGACGACAACAUUAAACAAAACUUCCUGGAGCCUCUGCACCAUUUGCAGACCAAAGACUUGAAAGAAGUGAUGCAUCACCGGAAAAAGCUUCAGGGACGAAGGCUGGACUUCGAUUGCAAGCGGAGACGUCAAGCGAAAGCAACUGGAAAAAGAUCAGCCAGUCCUCAUUUUGGAAGUCCAGUGAAGUCUUCUUCACCAUACACUGGUUCUCACGUUUCAGACGACGAAAUUCGUCAAGCAGAAGAGAAAUUUGCAGAGAGUCUCCAUCUGGCACAAUUGGGCAUGUUCAACCUUUUGGAGAAUGAUGUUGAACAAGUGGCACAGUUGGCAACAUUCAGUGAAGGUCUCCUGGAGUACCAUCAGCAGUGUACUGAGAUUCUAAGAACACUAACAGAGACACUUUUGGAGAAGAAAGACGAGGCAGCGAACAAACCAAAAAUGGAAUUCAUACCGAAGACAUUGGCCGAUUUACACGUCGAUGCAUUACCUACAUCGGAUGCUAUGAACGGUGGGAACUUCUCCUUCCACGGGGCAAGUCGAGCCGGGUCUCCGAUUCAUGGGGAUGGGAAGCGCUCGCAGCUUGAGCUAUUUCCAGCCGGAAACCCGCCACAAUCUGCCAAUGGGCAAGAAACUUCGCCCUUGCCAUCACCGAGCAAAUCGCCAGCCAGGACUCCGAUGACAAGACAACCUUGCUGUACAGCUUUGUACGAUUUCGAGGCAGAAAAUCCUGGAGAACUCGGCUUUAAAGAAAAUGAUACGAUCACUUUGACCAAAAAGAUUGACGAGAACUGGUUCGAGGGUAGCCUGAACGGUCGUACGGGUUAUUUCCCAGUAACUUACGUGCAAGUCGUAGUGCCAUUACCUUAAGGAGACGCGGUGCGUCUCGAAACCAAAGACCCUGCAUUCGUUCAUCAGCGUUUAUCACGAGAAUUACCUUAAAUUAACAAACAAUUAGCCUAAAAAUCUCUCUUUCAAGAUUACUCUCUUCCCUACUGAAAUCACUUAUUGCGUUAUGGUUCGCUUAUUCGAAAUGGAUGAAUCCUCAAGUUCUACUCUAUUCACUUAUUUUAUUUCUUUCCUUUUGUCCCCAGGAAUAGCUCUAUACGCAUGUUAAUGUACAUAUAUAAUGUUAUAGUGUCUUUUAUCGACGUAAGGACCUUCGCGCGCGCAGAUACAUAUAUAUAUAACACAUGACUUACAGUACUACAAUUAAGUAUGACAUACGUAUACACGUACACGAGAUAUACAUGUACACACAAUGUUAUACAUCAUGAAGUACCUACGAUGGCAGUCCACUGUCAAGGGCGGCUCUUUUCUCACUUUUUAAUGUCGCUUCAUAUGUCAUCGAUUUAAUAUCAUUAAUUUCUCACCAAAGUUUUAUUGCACAAAGACAUCAGAGCGCCAAGACUGCAUUGAAAUUUUUCAAAAUACUUUUUACCUCAAGUAUUUUCCCGUUCAUUCAAUCAACAAUCAUAUAUUCAUUUAGUAGACAUAGAACAAAAUAAUAUUGCCUAUUAAGUGAUGGUUGAUCUGCUCGGAAUCGAUUUUUCAGUCAUAAGUAUUUGAAUCACUCGAUAUAUCAUGUUCAUAUUUCAUGAUUUCAUUCAACGUUCAUGUUUUCAUGUUGUAUAUUUCUUUCCAUACAUUUGUUAUUUGUUCAUCAUGUUCUCAAGUGCAUUGUUCCUAAUAUAAGGGGAGAGAGAGAGAGAGAGAGAGAGAAAGAGAGAGAGAGAGAGAGAGAGGUAAUUGAAAUCAUGUCAUCCAUUUUGCGUUGGUCCGCACGGCGCAGCAAAAAAGAAGCCACAUAAUUCGUAUUAUUAAUAUGGAUUCGUAUGUUGUAUAGUAAUUCCUUUUCAUUCCUCUAUCAUUUUUUCAACGUUUAUCUCGUAUCAUUUGUCAUUUUUUUUUAAUCAUUUAGGUGACACUGACUAGAGAGUUAGAAUUUAGUUAAGCGAUCUUCAAAAUGGCGGCGAACCUCUUCCACGAAGUCGUCGAUUAAUAUUUAAUGAAUAAUUAGAAAUAUUCCAUGUUUUCCAUUCUGACUGUUUCGAGUCGUAUGUAUGUAUUUCUGUCAGUCAGCAUUUCUAAUUCAUUUAAAACUUGUUAAUUCUGAGCUCCUUCUGUGUUAUAGUCUCAAAUUGUCUUCUUUUUUUUAAGAUUUUAGUUCUUGUUAAGUGUAACUUCUUAGCAAAUUAAUUCGAAUGACUAGUAAAACGCGAUAUUUUCGGAAUAAAAUAGAUUUUACUUUACUAAGUAUUUUAGAGAUUAGAUAUUUUAAUUUCUAUUCUUCUUGGACUUUGUACGAGAGUUCAACCGCCAGAACAAUGAAAGUAAUUAAGGAACUUGGUUAUUUGUUGCCACGUGGAUUUUAGGUAAAAAAUCUUCAAACAAAAUAUUUGCUAAGCAUAAUAUAAUAAUGUUAGAGUAUAUAACUUACAUAUUAUAUACAUAUACAAUAUAUAUACAUAUAUGUUGUCGAUGACGGCGACAACAGUGAUGACUACGACGAUGGCAUUAUUAUUACUGGUACUCGUAUAUUUUUCCAUUUACUGUUACAAUGAAAACAUUUUCCAUGAUGAAAAACGUUCUUGGCCUUACUUUAUAUUUUUAACUGUUCCAAUAGCAGUUUCAUAUAGUUGGUAUUUUAUGAAUUAUAACAACUCGCUAAGAACGACGUUCCAAUGUGAGUGCGUUUCAUGAUUAAAAAUUUUAUGACUGGGAUCUUUCCUAAUAUAGAGAUUAUAACAGAUUAUAAAAUUUCAAAUCCGCAUAUAAUUUACGAUAGCUUAUGUAAAUUCAUAUUUUUAUGUGUAUUUGGAUAUGAGGACUUCUUUCAUUCUCUAAAUAUUGUCGUCGAUACUUUAAAUGUUUUGUAUAUUUUUGCAUUACAUACAUUUCUUACGAAUGCAUAAGGUCUGCAAUCUAAUUAUUAACCAUUUAAUGUACAUAUCCGUGAUACACAUUACAUUUAAUUUAACCAAUAUUAAAAUUUAACCUAUAUAAAUUUUUAUAAUAUAACUAAUUUUACUGUCUAUUUUAUGAGCGAAAUGAAAAGAUCAAUAAUUAUUACCUGUUGAUCUUUUUCUGAACUUUUUUUAGUUGUCAUGAUGAUAAAAAGGAAAAAGGGAAUCCUAACUUCAAAAAAGAUAUAAAUUAUAACAUAUUUUAUUUCUUGAAGAUACAAAAUAUAAGAAUCGAGGAGAAAUGAAUUGGAACGUUGUUCUUACGACAUUUAAAAUUCUUAAGAACGAAACCUAUAGUUUGAUUUGCCACGAAAAUGAAAAUCGUUCCGAGUUAUCAGCUGAUGUAUUUGAAUACCACACUACUAUCGUCAUCAGCGUUCAGUCAUUGCGGAGACGAAACAGAAAGAGAAAAAAAGAAAACGAAGAAGAAGAGACAUUCAUAUAAUUUUAUCUAUUGUAAUUCAUCAUAAGUCGCAUAAAACUUUUUCCGACAAAAAAAAAA